AUGUCUGCUUUUCGCGCUCUCCGUCCAGGAGUAUUCGCCGUCUUCGCAGUCGCUAUCCUCUUCCCCCUUUUCCUGAGUGACCCCUCUGUCCCUUUCUCCUUGGCCCCGCUCGCCGCGCAAGCAGCCAGCAGCAAGCCAUGGAUGGGAGAAAACCUUGGCGUGGGGCUCUCCUCGAACCCCGUGUCGCUCACGCGGGCCGUUUCCAUCAUCAAGCAGCGCGGCUUCAGUGCCGUCAAGCUCUUCCAGCCGGAUCCGACGGCGCUCAAUGCGCUGGCUGGAUCGGGCCUGGAAGUGAUGACGUGCGUGCCCAACCAGCUGCUCCAUAAUUUUGCCAAGAGCGACUCAGCGGCUCUCGCGUGGUUGGACGCGAAAAUUGUGCCGUAUAUGGCGAAGACUAAUAUACUCGCUAUUGCGGUGGGGAACGAGGUGAUUUCCCCUGGCAACCCAUUCCUCCGUUCAGUUGUCCCCGCUAUGGAGUCACUCUACAAGGCACUCUCGGCUCGCAAGCUACAACAGAGAGUGAAGGUGGUCACGCCGCAACACAUGAACUUUCUGCAGAACGCGUACCUGCCGUCGAGCACGCAAGUGGUGCCGAGCGUGAAAGACGAGGUCACCAGGCUGCUAUCCUUCCUCAAACGAACUGUGGGCGAGACAGGGUGGCCGACGGCAGGAGCAGCCGUCGCGUCACCCGCAGCAGCCAAGGAGUGGAACACGGCGCUGGUCUUGUUCCUGCUGUCUGGCCGCGGCACCCCCAAGCGGCGCAACUCGCCCAUCCGAGCGUACCUGUUUGAGAUGUUUGACGAGGACCGCAAAAGCACGGCCAUGGGCAAGUUUGAGACCUCGUUUGGGCUGUGCACCAUGCAGGGCGAGGCCAAGUACCCUCUCAAUGUGCUCGGCGGUGCUGCCAGUGGCGGUUAUGGCAUCAGCGGUGGCGGCACCAGUGGUGGUAGCAGCAAGAAUCGUGGUGGCGGUGGGGGCAGUGGUAGUGGUGGCACCUCCCUCGAAUGGUGUGUUCCGAAGUCGACUGCGACGAAGCAGGCGCUUAGCAACGCGGUUGCGUGGGCUUGCUCUGGUAGCGGUGGUGGCAUGAACUGCGGUGCUCUCAUGUCCAAGUGCCCUGACUCCAGCAAGGCUGCUGUCGUUUUCAAUGAGUGGUAUCACAGCGUAAGCGUCAGCACUCUUCUGCAUGCGACUUUUCUGGCGACUACCACCACCAAGGAUCCUCCUCCAUCCUCCCAGUCGUGCAUCAUGGCGUCUAUCGCGAGCCUUUCGUUGACGACUCCCGUUACCACCGCCACCGCACUCGCCGCUUCUUCAAGCGCGGCACGUGGCAACAGCCUGAACGCCAAGAGCAGCGUACCGUUGCGAUGUGUCACCCCAAUUGCCCGGCCCGCCGUUCGCUGCCAGGCGCAGCCAACGCCAGUCGCCUCAGCGACGGCGGCGCCGGCAGCGGUAGCGGCGCUUCCGUUCCGCGUGGGGCAUGGAUUUGACCUGCACCGGCUGGAGCCUAACCUUCCCCUUAUUAUCGGCGGGGUAAACAUUCCGCACGACCGCGGGUGUGACGCGCACUCCGACGGCGAUGUGUUGCUGCACUGUGUGGUGGACGCGGUGCUGGGCGCGCUGGGGCUGCCAGACAUUGGCCAGCUCUUCCCGGACAACGACCCCAAGUGGAAGGGCGCUGCCUCCCACCUCUUUCUCGAGGAGGCGGUGCGGCGCAUGCACGAGGCAGGGUAUACGGUGGGCAACCUGGACGCCACUGUCAUCCUGCAGCGACCCAAACUCAGCCCGCACAAGCCCACGAUCAAGGCCAACCUCGCCGCCUUACUCCAGGCACCAGAAGAGGUCAUCAAUGUGAAGGCCAAGACACACGAGAAGGUGGACAGUCUCGGCGAGAAUAGAAGUCAAGAGGAAGCAGGCAGUGAGGUGUGGAGGGCGGCAUGGGCUGUGGGAGGGUGGAGCAGGCGGAGAAAAAAGUUUCCACGUGAGGAGACUCUCAGGGACGUGAAAGAGAGUGGCAGGGAGGGUCGGGACGGCAGCAGGGGAGUGGCGAAUGCAGGCAUGCAAGACACCCUGAGCUUCUUUGAUGGUGCAAGCUCACAGCAGCAGCUGCAGCCGCACGACGGUUCCCCCUUCAGCCGCCACUCCGCCCCUUCCCACUUCCGCCUCCCCUCCGAGUCCACAUCCUUCCUCUGGUCUACCGGACCGCGACCAUCAAGCACAAGCACAAGCACAGCCGCAGCAGCAGGGACAGGGACAGUGUCAGGGACAGAGAGUACCCCAGUUGUGCGCACCCGCGUGGAACCGUUCAAUGGCACCUUGCAGACAGUGUCCACUAAUGGCAGCCCGUUCCUGACGGAGGUACGCGUGGGGGCGAGCAAGCAGCGGUUCAUAGUGCUGGUGGACACGGCGUCCGACCUCUUCUGGCUGCCCUGCAACUGCAUCCAGUGCGCCACCCAGAGCUCCGUGCCCGGCGUGCCCGUGCAACCCCCGUACGACCCGGCCCUCUCAGCGACCUCCCAGUCCAACUACUGCUUCUCGCCCGCGUGCACGUCCUUCGCUGCGGAGGACAAGACGGCCUCCGUGGGCUGCCUCGUCUCCUCCGCGCUGCCAGCUCCGGACCCGCUGUGCCAGUACGCGGCUACCUACACGGGGCCCGAGGGCGGCAGCGUGGGGAACCUGCUCCAAGAUGCCCUGCACGCUGCUGUUUCCAAGGGCAGCAGCUCUGCUGCAAAUGUGACCUUCGGUACGCGGCUACCUACUCGGGGCCCGAGGGAGGCUGGGAGCGUGGGGAAUCUACUCAGGGAUGCCCUGCACACUGCUGUUUCCAAGGGUAGCAGCUCUGCUGCCAACGUGACCUUCGGGUGCGGGCGGUACCAGACCGGCUUCCUAUCCGGCAGGAGCGCGGCCCCAAACGGCGUGUUUGGCAUGGGGAGGGGGGCGCUGUCGCCUCUCUCGCAGCUGGCAGCGCAGGGCGCCAUGAGCAACGCCUUCUCGCUCUGCAUGGAGGGGGACCCGGGCGCACGCGUCACUGCCUUUGCCGCUUCUGCGGCUGCUGCUGCUGCUGGGGGGGGGAGUGCGGGGGCAGAUGCGGGGGGUGUGGGAGUGGGUGCGGGGAAGCUGCUGAUGGGCGUGAAGGGCGUGCCUGCUGGCGCACAGUCAACCCCCAUUGUGUCCAGCGACUUUGAGCCCUUCUACUUCAUAAACGUCUCGGGCAUGGCAGCGGGGCGUGCAGGCCCUUUCUUGAACGUCUUGUGCACUUUUUCUCAACCCGUUCUCCCCUCUCCCCUCCCUCACUCUCCUUCCCCUCGCUCCUCCCCAUGCAGGCCCUUCUACUUCAUAAACGUCACGGGCAUGGCAGUGGGGAACGCAACGCUCGCUUUGCCACGCUCCGCCUUCCCGCCCCUGGACGCCUCUGGCAACGGUGGCACUGUUCUCGACUCAUCCGCCUCCAUCACUGUGCUGCCCACGCAGGCAUACCAGGCCAUGGCCACCCAGUACCUGGUGGCGGUGCCGGGGUUGAAGUACGACUAUACUCUCAGCGACCAGCAGGGAGUGGACUGCCUCAACGCCUCCGCCUACGCUCAGCCAACAGAGAGCACCUUUCUCGCCCAGUUCCCCACGCUCUCGCUCAUCCUCGCCAACGGAGCACUGUUCACAGUGCAGCCCUCCGCAUACCUCUACCUUGUGCGAGCGGACGUGAUCUGCUUCGCCAUCACCCCCUCGCUCAACAGUAACCAGCACACCAUCAUCCCGGACUCAUGGCUGACCAACCGCUACAUGGUGUUUGACAAUGAAGCCAACAAGCUCUCGUGGCUCGACACCAACUGUGAGUUUCAGCCACGGAGGGGGAAGAGGGGGGUGUAUGUGGGGGAGGGUGGGUGGACGGGGGGAUUCAGGGGCACAGGGAAGGGCCAGGGGAGCGGAGCAGGGAGGGGUACAAGGGGAGGGAGGGACGUAGGGGGAGAGGUGAGGGGAGACUGA